AUGGAGAAUAUUCCUGUUAAUAGCUGUGCAACCGCGGAACAAAACGUGAUCUCAGUCAUGGAAUCAGCAUUCGUGUCGGCUGUAAAGUCUGGUAAAAUUCCGGGGGCUGUUAUUAUGGCAAAGGACUCUACCGGCAACAUUGACUAUGCGCGCUGCUUCGGGGCCAGGACGGUGAGGCGUGAUGAGACCCGAAGAUUACCUCCAAUGGAGGUAGACACACCCAUGCGGUUCGCCAGCGCGACCAAGCUCCUCACCACAAUCAUGGCGCUGCAAUGCGUGGAGCGAGGUCUUAUCGACUUGGAUGAAAAUGUCGAAAAGUUUGUUCCCGACUUGACAAGCAUGAAGAUACUGGCUGGUUUCGACGAUGUCGGGAAAGCAAUCAUGAGGGAUCGCGACGGAAUUAUUACUCUGAGACAUCUCUUGACUCAUACAUCGGGUCUCUCGUACGUAUUGAUCAAUCCUCUCCUGCAACAGUACAUAGCCAAGGGGUACCUCCCAUCAGCCGACAAAUUCGGAAUCCAGAGCCGGCUAGCACCACCACCCGUGAACGACCCAGGUGCUGAGUGGAUGUACGGGUCAAAUCUCGACUGGGCCGGCAGGCUGAUAGAACGAGCAACCGGUAUGGAUUUGGAGAGAUGCAUGCAAGAAAACCUGUGCGACCCCUUAGAUAUAAUCGAUAUGACCUUCAAAUUGCAGCAGCGCCCCGACUUACUGGCCCGUCGAGCAGACCAGACACAACGCAGCAAUGAUGAUGGCAAACUCAGGUACGACGACACGGUCUAUUUCCGCCAGGACGGUGAUGAGUGCUUUGGAGGUCAGGGUAUUUUUACCAGUCCGAAUUCAUACAUGAAGGUCCUGUACUCCUUACUGAAGAAUGACGGCGUCCUCUUGAAACCGGAAACGGUCAAUCUAAUGUUCCAGCCUGCUCUCGACGAGAAACUUGAAAAACAAAUGAAUGAUCACAUGGACUCGACUACGCAAAUCAACUAUGGCGGGCCUAUGCCCAUGACAGGGCUGAGGCGAAACUUUGGGCUUGGUGGUAUCAUCCCCAUGGAGGACCUCGACGGAGACAAGUGGCGCCGUAAAGGAUCAAUGACCUUGGGUGGUGGUCCAAAUAUCAUCUGGCAAAUCGACCAUGCCGUCGGCCUUUGCACCCUCGUUACAUUCCAGCUUGAGCCUUGGAAUGACCCAAUAUGUCGAAGUCUCACUCAGACUUUUGAGAAAGCCAUAUACGCACAAGUACCUAAGUAG